AGAAAACUUUCGUUAACCUGGCAACCUUGCCUGGGGUACAACGACACCGCGGUGUACCAGUGAUACCCGGAAGUGCCUAUGCUUUUACAUACAGUACAGUUACUGUGAAGUAGAGUAGCGAAGCGAUUGUUUUCUUUUGUUGUUAAAUUCUUUUGUGAAAUACUUUAAGCCAUUAUUCUCCGGAAUAAAAGAAUGAGUGGAAAAGGUGCAAGAAAGAUUUGCCAGGUGAAUGGCUGCAGUAAUAGCCAAUUUAAGCUUCAACAAUGGAAAAACGAGUUGUGUCCCAACCAGGGAUUUUUUCGCAAGGAUUGCUCUUGUUGUAUUCAGCCCUACCAGCUCCAUCGGUUUCCACAAGCCCAUCGUCAAGAAUGGGUGAAAAAUUUAAACACAAAAUUAACUAUCAACGAUCUUAAAGAUUAUCACAGAGUUUGUUCUGUUCACUUUGUUGAUGGAAAGCCGUCAAAAGGACAUCCAUAUCCGACGCUGCACAUUGGAUAUUCUCUACAUAGUAAUUGGAAACUAAGUCCAGGAAGGCGUGCUCCCCGGCAGCGAACUCGUGUCCAAACAAAAAUGGACACAAACGUAGAUGUUUACAAUAAGGUACCACCGGAUGAAAGGAUGGAUGUUGAAAUAGUACAGCCAAUGGACGUCGAUGUGGAGCCAAAAUACAAAGACGUGUCAACACAGUAUUAUUCAGCACAACCUUUGAACCACGACCACUGUUAUGCCCAAAAAUCUCAGGAUAAAUGUACACAAACACCAAGUGCACCUUCCAUAGACACGCAUGACAUGAAUGAUAAGCAGUUCAAAUUCUUUACUGGGCUAUCAUCUACCACAUUUUGGGCUUUACUGUCAUCAAUUAUGUGUUGGACCACAGAACUUCCAUCACAUUCUCUACCAGUGGCCGAACAGUUUUUAAUGGUAUUAAUGAGACUACGUUUAGGUCUGUUGCUUCCAGAUUUAGGUUAUAGGUUUAAAAUAUCAACAUCGACAGCAAGCAAAAUAUUUAGCAAGUGGACAAUAUUAUUAGGACAAUAUUCAAAGAACCUUGUCCACUGGAUACCGAGGGACGGCCUAAAUAGGAUACGUCCAAAAUGUUUUGCGGAAAACUACUCUAAAGUUACAUGCAUAAUUGAUUGCACAAAAAUAUUUGUACAACGUCCUAAAGAUUUAAUGCAACGAGCGCAAACAUAUUCAAAUUACAAAUCA